UAUCGGAUUUGCAGCUCGAUCCGGGCUCGCCGCGAUCGCGAUCGCAACAGCGACGUAGAAGAUCAGAAGCUCUGGCCGAGAUGCUCGUGCUCGUGAAAGAACCCGGAAUAAUAAGCUUCAGAAAGUCCAAAGGCGCGCGGAGCAAGCAAGCAAGCGGCGUUCGUUCUCGUGAACCCAAAGGAAAAGGGAAAGCGAGGCGCGAGGAAACGUGGUUUCCAUGAAGUGCCAGCGAGCCCAGCCGAAUAGUUGUAGUUGUAAUCCUUCUACCGACCACCGGAGCUCGCUCGAAUAAACUAAUGGCGAUCGCUUUCCAAAUCAUCGUCUAGUUAGUGGUACUAAGUUGUAUCCUUCUCCCCGGCCACUACUGCCGCGCUGUGCCCGUGGCCGUGGCCGCGCCUAUCUAUUUGUCCAUUAUCGAUCGGAUCCAUUUCUUAAUUCCUUCCCUCCCUCCCCCCGACUUAACUAAUCACCAUUAAUCCUUCUACUUGAGGAAUGCGUUGCGAUUGCGGAUACUUGUAGCAGCUCCGCGGCCCUCUCCCUGCUUCGUGAGGUUGUAGCGCUGGUGCGGAGAUGAAGGCGCCUCUCCCUCUGAGGAGCAAGAGCUUCAAGAAGAGCAGGGGAGCCUCAUGCAGCCUCCCCCUGCUGCUGCUCAUCGGGGCGGUCCAGUUCUUGGUGAUCGGCAAGCCUUUUCCGUCGCUCUUGAUGGAUAGCAGCAGGAGGGCCUUCUUCAAUCUCGCAGAGGAGGAGUUCAUCCCGGAGCCACAGGUGAGCUGCGACUUCAACGACACGAGAUCCGACUACUGCGAGAUGACCGGCGCCAUCCGCAUCCGCGGGAGCACGUCGGAGGUGUUCGUCAUGACCCCUCGCCGCGGCACCACCGCGGGGGACGUCGUGGGCGACAACGCGACGUGGAUCGCCGCCAACGCCACGAGCUGGAAGAUGCAGCCGUACACGCGCAAGGGGGAGGCGCGCAUCAUGAACGGCAUCACGGCGGUGACGGUGCGGCUUGCGGACGCCGACGAGGCCCCGGCGUGCGAGGUGAUGCACGACGUGCCGGCCGUGGUGUACUCCAACGGCGGCUACUGCGGCAACUACUACCACGACUUCAACGACAACAUCAUCCCGCUCUUCAUCACCACGCGCCACCUGGGCGGCGAGGUGCAGCUGCUGGUGAAGCAGAAGCAGGCGUGGUGGUUCGGCAAGUACGGCGAGAUCGUGGGCGGGCUGACGAGGCACGAGGCGCUGGACCUCGACGGCGACGCGCGCGUGCACUGCUACCGGCGGGCAUUCGUUGGGCUGCGCAGCCACAAGGACCUGAGCAUCGACCCGCGGCGGGCGCCCAACAACGUGUCCAUGGUGGACUUCAAGCGCUUCCUCAUGUGGCGGUACGCGCUGCCCCGGGAGCACGCGAUCCGGACGGACGACGAGGUGGCGGGCGGCGGGCGGAGGCCGCGGCUGCUGAUCAUCACGCGGCGGUCGCGGCGGCGGUUCAUGAACCUGGAGGAGAUCGUGGCCGCGGCGGAGGAGGUCGGGUUCGAGGUGACGGCGUCGGACCUGAUGUCGCCGGCCAAGAAGCAAGGCGGCGAGGCGGCCGUGGUGGGCGACGGCGGGCAGGCGCGGAUGGCGGACGCGUCGGCGACGGUGAACGCGUUCGACGUGAUGGUGGCCGUGCACGGGUCCGGGCUGACGAACCUGGUGUUCCUGCCGAUGAACGCGGUGGUGGUGCAGGUGGUGCCGCUGGGGCGGAUGGAGGGCCUGGCCAUGGACGAGUACGGCGUGCCGCCGCGGGACAUGAACAUGCGCUACAUCCAGUACAACAUCACGGCGGAGGAGAGCACGCUGUCGGAGCUCUAUCCCCGCGGCCACCCGGUGUUCCUCGACCCCGGCCCCAUCCACAAGCAGAGCUGGUCGCUCGUAAAGGACAUCUACCUCGGCAAGCAGGACGUCCGCCUCGACAUGGCCCGCUUCCGGCCCGUGCUCCGCAAGGCGCUCCACCUCCUCCGCUGACACACACACACACACACACACACACACUGACACCACACACGCCGGCGCCGGCGCCGGCCGUGACAACGACGACACAUACAUACAUCAUGUUAAUCAGAUCAAACCUUUUCUUCUUCUUCUUGUUCUUUCUCGGAAUGAAGAUCAAAGCUGUACACAAUUGAUUCUAGUUUUUUGGCCAACAGCGUGGCGACGCUGUGUUUUUUGUA